UGUUGUUUUGGGCUCGAUUCUUCUUCUGUUGUACUACCACUUGAACUACUUCUAUGAUCGCGAUUCUGGUGCUGGGCAACAAGGCAGUGAAGAUGAACUAGCCUUUGGCCGACAAGUAGUUGCGCCGGCGUCGAGUAGAGAUUUUGAAGUUGAAGAUCUACUGGACCACUAUGAAUUCGAUCUACUACGUCUUCGUCUAGACAAAUUUCAAAGAAAUUCAACACCUCUCGAAAGGAAACAAAGGAGGGCGCUUCAGAGGCUCUACCAUGACCGUUUGGACGAUGUUGACUACUUUUUGUAUCGCGAGUAUGCGAACUGUUCCACUCAUCUCGACCUUGUCGAGCGCGCGAAGGAUUUCUUGGUGAGCCACAUGUUGAUUCUCAACCUGCAGCAAGCGCAAGGCACGCGCAACAAGAAUAUAGUUCCAACACAACACGUGAAGAUGAGAAAACCCGUACCCGUCUCUGAACGAGACUGGGCAUCUCAUCAUCAUCAUCAUCAUUAUGAUCCUCGUCUUCAUCAUCGGCAUCAUCAUUAUGAUCCUCGUCUUCAUCAUCUUCAUUAUGAUCCUCGUCAUCAACACGACGGGGACCUGCUUCAUUGGGUGGACGAAAGCAUCGCCCUCGCGCGUAUGGAAAAAGCAAUUUUGUACAUGCUGUUGUUGGGCCAAUAUGACUCGCUGAAGCUCUUGUUUCCUUGGGCAUUGGAGGCGGACGAGUUGUCAAGGACCUACAAUAUCAACUCAACAUCAUCGUCCAGCACUAAAAAGGAAAAGAACAUCUCCAAUACUAGAAAGAACAUUACCAUUAAAGAGAACAUCACCUUCACCACUUCUAAUAAUACCAUUAAAGAGAACAUCACCACUAUUAAAAGGAACAUCACAUCACGAGCAGGGUGCAGAAUGCACAUCGACAACGCCCUCAGGAAGAUCAACUUUAUUCUGGCCCGCAGAUGGGAUUACGACUGGGGUGGAAUAGUUGAUCUCACUUAAGGCCGCUCACGAUGUUUUCGUUUAAUAAUUCCAACUCCUCUACUCGUCCUUCUCCUGUAGCUCUACAGCUCGUUUGUCUUGGAUUCUCUACUGUCCCUUCCAUUGUUGGAUAAUCGGGAUUGCCAUUGGCCUGGGUUGGCAUUAGUUGUGGGAGUUGACCUCGUGUCAGCUGCCAGUCUGUCUCUACGGCGAUCUUAUGUAUGGAUUAGUAUCAAUACUACGGCGAUCUUAUGUAACGCAAAAAAAAAAACUCUACGUCUGUUGAGUGUGAGAGGACCGGAGCUCAAACUUUUUCCCUUCGGGUUGAGAAAGUAUGGGCGCAGAUGGUCGCGUGAGAUUUCCCUAAAUUCUGUCCUUGUGUGAUGAUGAGUUGUACUGAGAGUUGCAAGUCAAUCUCUCGCUCUGUGGAGUAUCUUUGCUCUGUUCUCGUUUGAGUCCUCGUCGCCGUGGGAGGGAUAAUGAUCGAGAAAGGAGCCCCAAGCUCCUUUCUCGCGUCCGAUCCUGUAUCUUACCUCCCGCAGCAAACCCGUUUUUGUAGAGUAGCCCUCGUUGUUUGGCAUUCCUAAGGCUUUGCCUUUUCAUCUUAGCGCAACUUCAUCAUCUUUCUCGUUUCUGUUCUCAUGUAUUCUUUUAUUCUUCCUUGUCUUGUUUCACGAGAUCGCUGGUUUUGGCGCAGACGUCGGGGGAAAGAGAUGAAGAAGUGACGGAGAUGAAAAGUAACAUGAUAGGUUUACCAAUGCGACUGCUUAGUAACUUAACCGUAACGGCAACUACUGCCACUCCCAUUCUUCCACCAGGCCGCUUUCAUCACGGUUUUAGCUCCGCGCUGUAGCUGACUGGUGAGGCAUGUGACUUCACCGGUCGAGAUCUCAAAAACAUUAGUUGCGUCUGAUCUCUGCGCUUAACCUUAGCACUGGCCUGCUUUUCUGAUUUCGGGUUUGCUAGUCGUAGUUAAUUUUUUACCUGUCAGCUCAUGCUUUAGGUGGUUCAUCAGUAAAUCAAUCAUCAGAGUUGCGGCGUGUCAUACCCCUGCAGGUGUGCUGACUUGCUCAUGGGGCCCCGCUGCGUCGGGUUGCGCCUUAGGUUUUCUACAGGGGCCGAAUGUACGGCUCCUCCGAUAUUCGUAGAUUUGUGGCCGAAUGUACGGCCUUAUGCGCCCCUAGUAUGUAAUUUGUAUGGCAUUAGUUGAACGUGUUAAUUAAUUGUUUGAAAGGGCGGUGGCAUAUAGUCCUAACGCAAAAAAAAAAAAAAAUCUACGGUGAUCAAGAACGGCCAUAACAGGGACAUACACAUGAAAAAUUCCUCUCUUUCUCUUACAACGCACAGGGACAUACGCAUGUCAAUAAAUCCAAUUCCUCUCUUUCUCUUACAGCUGCUCCAGUACAUCAACCCAUUGAAUUAAUAUCCUCGUGACGUAGGAGAAGUAGAAGAUGAAUUAAUAUCCUCGUGAGGAGCUCAAGCUCUAAAUCGCGGCAGCCUCACCAGUUGUACCAGAAAUUGUGAAUUAUAGCAUCGAGCUCAGGAGCAUCGAGGAGAACACCAAUAGUGAAUUUAUUGAUGAUUACGCUUUACACUCGUCUGGUGCUAGUAGCAGAAGUACUGGCGGUUUAUACAACCCUACCAGUGGAGGUACAACUACUAGUGCUUCUUCUGGUGGAGCUAGAGGUAAAGAAGCGCACAGCUCCUCUUCUGAAAAGAAGGAAAGAUCAAGAACAACACGGACUUCUAGAAAGAAAAAAGGCUGGCGAAAUUCUCAGAAGUGGCCACAGAUGAAAUUUUCUGACGAGUUGUUUCUUUCCCUGAAUGCGACCGCCACAAGAAUUGAACAAGAGCAGCGACAGAAUAAUUAUCAGACAAAAAGUAGUACCGAAGAAGUAGUUGUAGACGCCUUUUCCGAUCUUUAUUGGUGGGAAACAACGCAGGCGCCUGUGUCUUUUAUAGAAGAUCAGACGAGCGCGACGAUACCGAAAGCUUCAACCAGCGCGAUGGGCACACAAGAAAAUUUUCGUCAGUUUCACCCGAUAUUUAGUCCUCCUCCUCGCGGC